UUUCAAAAGUGAUCAACAUUUUCUGUAUGAGAGUUGAGAUAUUUUUGUGUUGAUAUUGUUUUGUUUUCCAAAUUAAUUGUUGGUCGAUUAUUAUUUUAUUUUGCUCUAUAAAAUUGUCGCCAUCAUGGAUUAUGAGGUAUCACCAAGGCUUUUCGAAGCAAUCAGUACGAUGAACAUUGGAUUACUCAGUAGCUUGGGCGAUGAUGAGGUUCGCCCAGUGAUCCCAAGUCUCCUUCGGAUGGUUGUCUGCCGGUCUCUUGAUAAUUCACCUUUUUGGUCUAAUCAGAAAAAGCUAAUUAUGAAAAUUUUAUCCACCCAAGAACCAGCUAAUUUGAUAAUUACCCUUCUAUCAGGUGAUUUUCACUCGUUGGAAAUUGAUGUUAAAAGAGAGCAACAAUUGAGAGCAAAACUAUUAACAAGUGAAGAGGGUUCACUUUCCAAUGUAGAAAAUGUAGUCAUAGAAUUUGAGAAAAGUGAAGGAAACAAACGAUUGAAAAUUGUUCUCAAUGAAAUUUUAACAUCACAAAUGAUCAUCAAAAGUUUCUUGGCUCAAGCGAAAUUACCUUUAAAUAAUACAAAAUAUUCUGAACUAUUUGACAAUGAGGUUUACAUUGAUGAAAUUGCUGAUGCUUUGGUUAUGUCAAUUUUUGAAUUACCAAAUAUUGUCUCUCUUAUUGAUGUAAUUGAAACUUUACUUUACUUCAAACAUGGUCAUCAUAUUAUCUGGAGGCUGGUGGUCAAUUUUCCCGAAAUGUUUGCCGACAUUUGUACAGCUUUACUUGUUAACGGUGAUAAACAGGAAGAGGAAACUAUUAUUGGUAAACGACGAAUUGAUGUUCUUCGCAUGUUAUGUAAACUAAAUCCAUCACACGCUCUCCUGGUUCGCACGGAAGCACUGGAAUCACUUCGUAUGCCUGCUUUGUGUAUUCUUUUAACCCUUGACCAUAUUGGCUGUUCUCAGUCAACCUCUGACACGGAGAGAAUAGUUCAAAUCAAUGAUCUGAUCUCCUUUUUAAGUGGCAUUUUUUUCCGUACCGAUGAGAAAAUACGAACCUGGUUUGUUUCCUACAUUCGUAAUUGUCAAAAAAAGAUGGACCAAGGAUCAACCUCUAGUCUAACACCUUUACGAAGUGAAUUGUUAUCAUGUUUAAAAUUUGUUCUUACAAAAAAUCAACUGAAUGGUAACAAUUUCUCAUUACAUCUUGUCGAGGCUUCAGCAAUAUUGCGACUCUAUUGUGCACUUAAAGGUAUCGCUGGAAUGAAAUUUACCGAUGAAGAAUCAGCUCUUUUAUUAAACAUAAUCACUCAACAUCCUGCUGCUAAUCCAUCAGGGAUUAGAUUUGCUUCAACAGCUUUAUGUCUUCUAUUGGCUUGUCCAACCAUAAUGAUCAACACGGAGGCCGAAAAGAAAACCCUUGAAUGGUUAAACUGGUUAGUUAAAGAGGAAAGUCUUUUCGGUCAAGUCUCUGGUCAUCGAUCUUCAUUUGGUGAGAUGCUUCUUCUGAUUGCCAUCCAUUUCCAUGGAAGUCAAAUAUCAUCCAUCUCAGAAUUGGUUAGUUCAACUUUGGACAUUAAAUUAAACCUUCGAACUGCAUCUCUAAAUCGUUUGAAAACAAUGUUCACUCAUGAAGUUUUCACCAAUCAAAUGAUCACCGCUCAUGCAGUUAAAGUACCAGUUACAACUAAUCUUAAUUCAUGUUUACCUGGAUUCUUACCUGUUCAUUGUAUUUUUCAACUUUUAAAAACUCGAGCUUUCGUUAAAUAUGAGGUUCCAAUUAAAGAUUGGCUUUAUCGACAAACAUGCAAUUGUACAACUCCAAUUAAUCCAGUUAUUCCUCACCUAAUUGAAGCAUAUGUUAAAUCACUUUUAAUUCCUGCUAAAUCAUAUUCCAAUGUUGCAACCAAUGAACCAAUCAGUGAGGAAGAAAUUAUCUCCAUUUUCAGGCAUAAAAUAUAUUCAAUUGAAAAUGAUGAGAAAAGGAUGGACAUUGCCGAGGAAAUUAAGCCAACCUGUGUAUUGACCACUCAACUUAUUUUACUCUAUUAUGUUUUACUCUACGAGGAUACCCGAUUAAGUAUGAUGAAGGAGAUGACUUUUGCCCAUCGAAGUGUAAAAAUUUAUUCACCACAAAUGUUUGCCCAGUUACCGAUUUUCCAUCUAAUGCAAAAGGCCAAAAAUGAGCCACAAUUUUAUGGUGUUUUAUUUCCUCGUUUACUUCGUCUUAUAUCAACUCAUUAUCCGCAUCUUUGUUUGGUCCAAGAUUGGUUUGCAGCGGAAGAACGAGACUCAACGAGUAAAAUCAAAGUAAAACCAAAUCUUUCCAUCAGUGAAUUACGAUCUCGCCUUCAAAAGGCCUUCGAAUCAAUUGGAACAUCCAAUGAAACAUUAACCCGUACACUUGAUCGUAUGUUAAGUUUACCCAACAAUUAUCUUUGGCCUUUAUCAUCAACCUUUGUUGACAAUUUACCUCUUCUUUUAAAUAAUUUGGUAACAAGUGAUACCCUUGAGAAGGCUAAAAAAGUUUGGUGGCAACUUAAUUGUAUUUUCCCAGAUAAUUUAUGUGUCAUGACAGUUAAUUCACUUUCCAACCAAAGAGGAGAGAAAAGAUUAACAUGGGAUGAUAUUGUUCUUGAUCCAUUACACGUACUUAGAUGUGAUAUUAAGGUACUUCGAUGUCCCGAAUUAAUGGAGAUAACACUUCACGUUCUCCAAUGUUUCCUAAUAGCCUCAAGGCCACAUUUUGCUCGACGUUUACUGGAAAAACCAAGUAAAUUAACGGAAGAGGAAAAAGAUCGAGAAGAACUUAGAAUCGCUUUAAUCACCGCUCAAGAAAGUUCAGCAAUCCAAUUAUUACUAGAAUGUUGUCUACCUAAUGAAGAGGAAAAAAAUGGUAAUCAAAUUAAAUUGAAAAAGAUCAAGAAACUUGUAGGAGUCCAUUUACACCAAGUGUUUAUCGCCGAUCCAAAUCUCGUUAAACUUGUACAUUUUCAAGGUUAUCCAAGUGAACUUUUACCCUUCACUGUUUCCUCUAUACCCUCAAUGCACAUUUGCCUUGAAUUUAUACCUGAACUAUUAUCUCAACCCGAUUUGGAGAAACAAAUUUUCGCCAUUCAACUUUGCUCUUACCUCGUUGAACAAUAUCCAAUAGUUAAAUCUCUUUGUAUAGCAAAACUUUGCUUCAAUGUAACCGGAACACUUUUAUCAAUAUUGGAAAGUGAAAAACGUGAACAAUUUUUCAUCCCUGUUGCACCGGCAUUGGUACGAAUGUGUAAACCAUUUCCACCAUUGAAAGAAGAUGCCAUCAAUUUACUUCUUAAAUUAGGACAAAUUCAAUUAUCUCGACUUGCAUCAAUUCAACCCGAUUUUAUUUGUACACAAAAACCAUUACAAAAAUCAGCAGAUUUGGAAGAGAUUGACUGGGAUGAGGCGAAAUCAUUUCUCUCAUCACUUCCAAGUAUCGAUCAACUUUGUCAUACAAUCAAACAAUCAGUUAAAACACUUUAUUAAUAACACAGAUAAUCAAUUGAUUAACUUUCAUCAUUUUUUUUCUACAUUAAUUAAAAUUACAAAACAAAAUUAAAACAAACUCCCAAAUAA